AGUACAUGCCGCGUGCUUAACACAUUGAGGCCGAGACGCUAACUUACUCUCAUCGGCCGUCCGGAAACCUGAGAGCGCAGAGCGACCACAGGUGUUCAAAAGCCGGAUGCCUGUCUGCUCUUGUUAUCCGAUCCUUGCGUGCCGAUUCUGUGUGCGUCUGUGUGUGCGCUAUAUUUGGCUGAGUCCGUCUGGCUGUAAAAUCUCACACUGUUAUCGCGCGUAAGCCUUAUCUGGCUGUGGGUCGGGAGGAGCGGUUUACGCUCGUCUCGCGACUCGAGUUGGGAAGAUGUGUUCCGCAAAAUGCUUGAGUGGAUUUUCAUCCGCCAUGGAUUGGCGUCCGAUUGAGUUCAUGGACCUCCCUUCCGUCCGAUCCUGUUCUUUAUGCAACGUGGUUCCCAAAGAGACAUUUCUUCUGGAAUGUUCUCAUGCACUCUGUGGCCAGUGUUAUCAGGUCGUCCUUCGUGGCAAUCAACGUUGCCCACUCGAUGGAGAAAGUACACAAGAAAGCGAAGCGCAAGUAUGCGUGUUCAAGCCGAAUCACCUCCAGAAAUGCAAAAUGCGCUGUUGCAACUCCAGCAACGGGUGCGACUUCGUUGGGAAUAUGGAGCAAGUGAAGAAUCACUUCCUAAGUGGCUGUGCCUUCCAUGUUGUGUCGUGUAACAGGUGCAAUGCCGCAGUGCUGCGCCGUGAUAUCGUCAGUCAUUACGGCGGACAACAAUGCAAGAGUUCGUCAUCCAGCGGACGUGAAGCAGGAGAUAACGAAGGAGUCGUGAACAUCGGCCGGAAAAUCGACGCCUCGCUGGACGCUAUCGCUGAGAGAAUUUGCGCGAUUGAAACUCAGCUCAACAAUCAUACCGCUGGCGUCGAAGGCGCGAAGCAGUGCACGUCUGCAAAUAAGCAGCUAUUGGAUCAACUUCUCGAGCGGCUGGAACGUACAGAUGGAGCGCUAAGAAAUGCAGCGACAAAUCUGUUGUCGCGAGAGGACCUCAAGGGAACACUCGAAGUCGGUUCGAAGACAAUCAAUGAGGGAACAGGGCAAGGGAGGGCAGGGAACGCCGCAAGCGGUGCGCAGGAUAACCGUGGAAUAACCAGCGUGGCUACCGAUGAAAUCAUUGAAAAACUGAACACUAUUGGACGGCAGCUGGACACAAUGGAGCAUAUUGUGAAAGCAGGAACGAAUCAGGCAGUGUGGCAUAUUCGGGGCAUUACUGAACUUGCGUCCAAGUCCAAGGAGCGAGGGGGCCUAAAGCAUUACUCGGAUGUAUUCGUCCUUUGUGGUUAUUCUGUGCGAAUGCAACUAAUGUUCGUCGGCAGUGGGGAUGAGACCGUCCACUUCUCCCUCCAGAUCUGCCAGAGCGCAUACGAUUCUUUCCUAAAGUGGCCAUUUUGUACGUCUUGCGACUUCACACUGUUGAACCCCCUUAACAACGGACGUAAACUAUUUAGUUCCAAAGGUAUCUGAUAUAUCGGCCAGCAGGUGAGCCAUUCAUGAUGCACUGUCUUCCUUUCCUUAUUAGUCUGGAACGUGUGAAACGCGAUGGGUUUAUUCAUGAUGAUUCCAUUUCCAUUGGAAUUAUGUUGACACCGGUGUCAUAAUGGUUUGGUGUUCUGUCCUACAACUACUUCUCAAAUUAACAUUGCAAAUGAAAGUAUGUAAUUGAGGGUGAAAUGUAACUUUUGAAGAAAAUAAACUAUUUAUCGUGCAACACAGA